CCCCCGGGCCGCGUCCGCAGGCUGAGUCCAGGCGGGCCGCGGCGAGCACCCCGCAGCUCCGCGCCCCCGCCCGGCCCGGCUCCCAGCGGAAAGUUGGGCUGCGGCGGGCGGCGUUCGGGAAAGAGCGAGGCGGCAUGAGGGGGCACCGAGGGGGCGCCUAAGACACCGAGGAGGCGGCGCCGCGCGAGGGGACAACUUCGCCCAGGAGCCCGCUCCCGCAGCCCCCGGCCGGGCUCGCGGUGGUUCCUCCCGUCCCUCGGCCUCCCCCGCCGAUCGAGACGCGGACCUUGGUCCCGGCGGAUCCGCGGCGGUGCCACGAGCCCGCCUCAGCCGCCGCCUCGGUCUCCUGCCGCGCCGCCACCUUGCCCGCACCAUGGAGUUCUCCGAGAGGAAAAGAAGCAGGAAAUCCCAGAGCUUCAAACUGGUGAGCCGAGAUUAUCACCCUGAGGUGUAUAAAAUCUCAGAAUUCAGCAACGAUGUUAAUGGGGAGACCAAAGAGACACAACCCAUUUUUUUAGAUACAGGGAGCGACCAGACAAGAAGUAUCCAGAGACCGUUUCUGAAUGCCGAGUUGUCCACUAAGGAUCCCAGCCUGCUUCAUCUAAGACUCUUCCCUCAAACGGUCCUCCUCCAGCCUUCCCUCUGGUCUUUGGACUCGUUUGAGAAGAUAGUUCUGCGGUCACGUGCAGUUUUCUGUCCGUUCGAAUGUCCUGCAGACGAUAGACCUUCAGCCAGCUUCCUUCAGCUGCACUCUUUCACUAUUCCCCUUCCAGGAGAUGAAAACAUGGAAAUUAAAAAACAAAUUACAGGGAUGAGAAGAUUACUGAAUGACAGCACUGGGAGGAUAUAUCAACGUGUUGGCAAAGAAGGAGAAAAACUAAAAGAAGAACCCCAGGAUUUGGAGUUAGUCUGGCCUCAGCAUUUGAACUCCUCUGCCGAGGCCCCCCAAGGUCUCCAUCCUCCUUCACGUGGGGCAUGGAAUGAACUACCCACCCAAAGUGGGCAGUUCUCAGGGCAGCAUGGUACACGUUCUAGAACCUUCCAGAGUCAGCCCCACACCUCUGCAAGUUCCAAUGGAGAACUUCCAGGGGCGAACUCAUCAGCUGGAUCCAGCUGCUGCACUUGUAACUGCCAGUCAACAUUGCAGGCCAUUCUCCAGGAACUCAAGACCAUGAGGAAGUUAAUGCAGUUUCAAGCAGUUGGAACUCAAAACAGACAACAACCCCCAAUUUCCCUUAUGUGCUCCCAGCGAACUGCUGUCUCACGAAAGAGAAAUAAAAAGAAAAAAGUGCUCCCAAAGACUGUGGAACCUGUGACUGUGAAACCAAAGCCCAGUCCAUUGGAAGUUGAGAAGAAGCCAGCAGCUGUGGCCACAAGGCCAUCUGGUCUCCAAGUCACAGAGCACACCUCCAGUGAGGACAGCCGCAUCCUGGGAUUUGGCAUUGUUCUCGAAUCACCUUCCUCAGAUCCAGAAGUGCAACUUGCUGAAGGCUUUGAUGUGUUUAUGCCUAAAUCCCAGCUGGACUCUAUAUUGUCAAACUACACUCGCUCAGGAAGUCUUCUGUUUAGAAAACUGGUGUGUGCAUUUUUUGAUGACAAGACUUUGGCUAACUCCUUACCCAAUGGCAAGAGGAAAAGAGGACUCAAUGACAACCGGAAAGGACUAGACCAAAACAUUGUGGGUGCAAUAAAAGUCUUUACAGAAAAGUACUGUACUGCGAACCAUGUGGACAAACUUCCUGGCCCAAGAGACUGGGUACAGAUUCUACAGGAUCAAAUUAAACUGGCCAGAAGAAGGUUAAAAAGAGGCUCAGCAGAGGUAGCUGACGGGGAUGAAAGACUGGACGGCAUUUCGCUACCACCAACAGGUAACAUAUUUGUCACCAAGAGAGAGACCCCGGAGGACCCAGAUCCAGGUUCCAUUGCCUAGACUUGCAGUUUAGCAUACUCUUCCGUUUCCUCAAAGGUCCACGUAGCAGUUGAGGUUCCUGCAGUGUGGGUGUCCUGUGGUGGCUUGUCCUGUCUGAAUAAUUUCUUUGUAAUAUGUGGUGUCACUACUCCAAUUUGGCAUAAUCUUUUAUUAAAAGAAAUCAUGCUUAGAGUUGUUACCUUAAACGUCCAGUGUGUGUGACACAUCAUAAGGAGGCAGUUCUCUUCCUGUUUUAAUUCAUUCAUAGUCUGUGUGAAUACACAGUCUUUUUAAACAUAUUUAUUUUAUUGUAAAUUGCUUAGCUGCAUGCAGAGGAAACCUCUUUCCAGGACUGAUGGAGUUUACAAAGCAGCAUUAACUAACCCUUCAGCUUAGAGAAGGAAAGGUAGUUUUGGGAGAUGGGAUAGCUCUGACCUGGUCUGUGAAGUCAUUUAUGACGUCAGUCAUAGUAACCCAAAACAGUCAUUCAGAAGUGAAGUACAAAUGAUGUAUGAAUUCUUAGCACUUUCACGUAAUUUAUGAUGAUGUAAUGACAAAAAAGUUAACUCAGAGUAACCAGCAAUUUGCUUAGGAGCCAUCAAGCAUUUAAAUAUGGUUUAAACUGAGUUUGACCCUGUUUUCAUGUUCAUCUGGUCCCUCAUACACUUACCUUCUACCUUAUGUAAAACUAAAUAUGAGAAAAAUCUGGGUUUAUUUUAAAGAAAUCUUUGUUGUGUGGGUAUUUGCUUUGCAGAAACAUUUACCUCCACAUUUGCUCCGCUAAUGAAAUAGUGCAUUAGAAAUACCACUUACUUAGAAAACCUUGCGUUUGCACCUUAGGUAAAGCAAAUUGCCUUGAAUCUUGGGCACUUGACACAGAAGACCAAAAAUUACCAUAAAAGAAAUGUGACCCCAGGGAUUAAAAACUGCCAUGACAAAAGCUUAGCCUUUUCUCUAGUUCCUUUCAGCCACAGGGCAGAACCAACGGUUAGUGCUGCUGGGACUGAGUCCCGCCCGCCUUCUGCUUUGCCUGAGAGAACUGAGAGUUAGGUAAGUGGUUGCUUAGGGUCAGGUUACCCUUCAUGGCCAGAUGGAUUAGAACCUGGAUAUCAGUGUGCUGUGUCAUGUCAUACUGAACAUGUAAUACUAAAAAUAGGAGACUAGGGCAGCACUCCACUGAGACCAGCUAAUGAAUGAAGAUGAUAAGUGACAUCCCAGGAAUGUGAUAAAAUGUGCUUUUAAGUGUUGCUUGUGGAGUCCAUCUAGCAACUAGAGAGCAACAUCUCAUCUGUGCAUCUUUUACAUCUCUUCCUUUGGAAGCCACAGGGAUGGCUUGGAAAUUAUUCCCAUCAUACCCUUCAGUUACUGGUUUCUGUUUCCAGCCAGCCCUAAUCCCUUUGUUUUAUUGAGUGGUCUGAUGAGCUGCAGACAAACCAAGACUGUUAAUUCUGUAACAGAUCCUGGGGGGGAAAAAGUCUUCUGCCUCCUAGAAUGAAAAGAGAGUAGAAAAACUGAGUUAGUGCCCUUCACUCUAUUAAAUGAUGGGGAAUGUGUUUUCAGUACAGGAAGAACAUAUAGUUACAACCGUAGGCCUGUUCAGUGUGCACUGUAAACCUUCAAAACACACUUCCUUCCAAGCCUCGGUGACAGCUUGGAGUCUUCAAUACUUGAGGAAGGUAGGAUCAUUCAGUUCAUGGAUAAGUGCAAUGGAUUCACAAAUUGGAAAGGCAGACCAAAACUGCAACAGUAAAAUCUUAUUUUGUAAGUUUAAAUUGUAUUCAUGUUAACUUACUGUGACUACUGUUCAGCUUUGUUCAGAAACCCUUUUUAUAGGCUUUCUUAGCAAAAAAAAAUCCAUAUCUAUGGAUGUGUCUCAAUCUUCUGUACAUAUGUUUUAUUAAUAUGUAAAUAUUCAGAUUUUUAAAAAAUUACUAUGUUCUUUUAAAAAGAAUUCAGUGUAAAGCUAGUUGUGAAAAUGGUGUGUAACACUGUGUUGUGAUAUCAACUCCCAAAAUGCCCUUUAUGUUCAUUCUGGAAAAAUAUAAUAAAUUACUUUAAUUGAA